AUGCUUAAAAUAUUCCUCUCAACAUUUGUUCUGAUUAGUUUUGGUUUAGGCAAAAAUUCCCAGCUCUCUGCCACUACCUUCAAUUUAGAACUCUACAACAUGACAUGGAUCAAACACUCCGAUAACUUUCUAAAACAGGGCGGUGGAAAUAUCACAAAAUUGGCGACGAACCAUUACUCGGUCAAUGUAUGGUUUGAAUUCGAACAUGAUUGGGCCAGAAAUUCGGAGCUUCGGAUAAUGAUUCGUGUCAAACCACAGAAAUCCACAAAGAUUUUGACUUUCUUCGAUGCGAAAUGGAAUGUCUGUGAUGCCUUGCGAACAUUUAAGGCAGCGCCGAUGGUGGACUAUAUCUAUACGGAAUUGAAAAGGAAAUCAAAUUUUCUCAGAUCGUGUCCCAUUAAGGGGAACAAAUUCUACUGGGUGAGAGAUUUCAUAAUCACCUCAGAUGCCUUUCCCUCGUAUACGCCAUAUUUAAGCUUCAAUUACUCGGCAAUGUAUUAUGAGAACAAAAAACUUUGUGUCGAACAUAUGGUACAGGGUGCAAUAGUUCCGAAAAAUUAA